AUGUCUGGUCAAACUAAAAUGAUAUUUAUAACAUCAGAUGAAGAUCUAGUUCAUAAAAUAUCUGCAACUAAAUCAACAAAUACACGUAUUAUCGAUUUGGAUGAUCAUGAACAAAUGUCACUGACAAUAAAUGAUAAAAAUAUGAUUAAUUUAGCUCUUGCAGAAUUAUCUGAACUUAAUUCAACUGAUCAUAAUCAAUCAAAAGAAAAAGAAAUUUCAAAAAAAUCAAUUGAUUUAAUUUGUAAAAUAUGUGGUGAUCGUGCGAUUGGUUUUAAUUAUGAUGUUCUAUCAUGUGCAUCAUGCAAAGCUUUUUUUCGUCGAAAUGCUUAUCAACAAUUGGAAGAAUUAAAAUGUUUAACAGGUAAUAAUGAAUGUUUAGUUAUACAUGGAAUAAAUCGUAAAUGUCAUCGAUGUCGACUUAGUCGAUGUUUUAUGAUGGGAAUGAGAAAAGAUUUUAUUGUUAAAAAAGAAACAAAACAAAAAAAGAAAAAAUAUCUUGAAGAAAAUUUAUUAAAUACUAAUUUUAUUCCUCAGUUACUAUUGGAUUUGGAUAAUGACAACAAUAAUAUUGAAUUAAAUGAAAUGGAAGAAACAGUAUUGGAUACUUUAUCUACUGAAGAAUGGAUAACAAUUGAAAAUCUUCAAAGAUUAUUUAUAUCAACUAUGCAGGAUGACAAUGCACAUAAAUUUAGUAUUAAUAUAACAGAUCGUGAUUCUGCUAUUAUGUCUUGUUUAAACUACGCUGAUCAGACUGCUUUACGUUUUAUCAAUUUUUUUCGUCAAAUUAAUGAAUUUGAAGGUUUAAAUAGUGAUGAUCGUUUUAUUUUAAUGAAAUAUAAUCUUCUUCCAGUUUUUCCAAUAUAUAAAUGUUUCAAUUAUAAACCAGACAAUCAUUAUCUUUCAAGCAAAGAGAAUGAAGAAACAAGAAGAUUUGAUCAAUUUUUUAUGUUAUUCGAUGAAACGUAUGAUCUUCGUGAUACACUCGUAAAAUUAGUAAUAUCACUUGUUCAAUUAACUAAUCAAGAUGCAAUGAUCUUAUGUUUUGUUCUGAUAAUUCUUGUUUUUUCUCAAGGUUUAUUAAUGAAUGAAGAAGAACCAAUAUUAAAAGAUUCAUUGGCUGUUAAUCGAAUUCAAUCUUAUUACAUAAAAUUAUUUUGGAAUUAUUUAGUUAAUAAAUGGGAUGAACAACAAGCUUGUAAAUAUUUUAUUCAAUUGCUUAACAUGGUUUUUCGACUUCAAUCAACGAGUAAAAUAUUUCAAAACUUUCUUCGUAACCAUCUUACUUCAAGAAAUAGUGUAGAUCAAAUUACCCCACUUAUGCAAAGUGUUCUAAAUAUUUCUUAA